UAUCUUCGGAUUUAACUGAUCAUUAACCCGGAUUUCUCUUUAUUUUUUUGUGAAGAACAGCAUGCUACCUCAUAUCAGUUAUUGCCAGUGGGGCAGCUACCUGGUUCUAUCCUUUACAUGAGCACGGGGAGCAGUUUUAGAUAAUUUUACACAUAAAGGGAGCAUACUGAGCCAGAGAGGAAUGCCAUCUGCAAUUACCGAAUAAGAAUUACUUAACUUUACAGACUUAUCUUUAUUGCUUGGAUUUUUUGUGUAAACUGAAGAUGUCUUUUAAAAGCUAACUUUACAACCGAUCAUCAAAAAGCACCUGGUAAAUCUGUAAGUUAGCAACCAUGGCUGGCGGUGGAGGUCCAACAGCUACAUUCUCAGUCUGGGACUAUGUGGUGUUUGCUGCAAUGAUCUUGGGAGCUGCUGGCAUUGGCCUGUUUCAAGCUAUCCGAAGUCGAAAGAAUAACAGCAGUGCUGAGUUCUUGCUGGGUGGCCGUCAGAUGACAGCAGUGCCAGUCGCUAUGUCCCUCACAGCCAGUUUCAUGUCUGGGAUCACAGUGAUUGGCACUCCAGCAGAGGCCUACAGAUAUGGCACAGCAUUCUGGCUUUUUGCCUUCUCCUACACCAUCAUGUCCACCAUCACAGCAGAAAUAUUUGUGCCUCUCUUUUAUCGCCUUGGCAUAACAAGUACAUAUGAGUACUUGGAGUUUCGCUUUAAUAAAGUUAUUCGAGUAAUCGGAACAUCCAUGUACAUUGUCCAGACAGCUUUGUACACAGGCAUGGUCAUCUAUGCCCCAGCACUCGCCCUUAAUCAAAUUACCGGCCUGGAUCUCUGGGGAGUGCUGGUGGCGACAGGCAUUGUCUGCAUCAUCUACUGCACCCUGGGAGGCCUGAAGGCAGUGAUAUGGACAGAUGUGUUCCAGAUGGUCAUUAUGUUGGCUGGGUUUAUAGCAGUAAUUGCUCGAGGAGUCGUGCUUCAGGGAGGCCUGGGAAAAAUUUGGGAUGAUAACUACAACGGUGGACGCUUAGACACGUUUAGUUUUGAUCCAGAUCCUCUGAAACGUCACAGCUUUUGGACCAUAGUUGUUGGUGGUAGUUUGAUGUGGGUGUCAAUGUAUGCCAUUAACCAGUCACAGGUGCAGCGCUAUAUUUCCUGUAAAACCAUGACCCAUGCCAAAAUGUCUCUGUAUGUUAAUAUGGUUGGGUUGUGGAUUACUGUUAGUCUGGCAAUGUUUUCUGGCCUCACCAUGUACUCUAUCUAUAAAGACUGUGAUCCUCUUACUAAUAAAGAUGUUGGUUCUUCCGACCAGCUUCUUCCAUAUCUAGUAAUGGAUAUUCUAGCAGAAUAUCCAGGUCUUCCUGGCUUGUUUGUAGCAGCUGCAUACAGUGGAACUUUAAGUACGGUAUCAUCAAGCAUUAAUGCACUGGUGGCUGUCACAGUGGAAGACUUUGUAAAACCUAUUUGGCCCACUCUAAGUGAAAAGCAGUUGUCAUGGAUUAACAUGGGCAUGAGUGUUUUGUUUGGGGCUUUGUGCAUUGCUAUGGCAGCAGUUGCCUCUUUGAUGGGAAGUAUAUUGCAGGCUGCCUUGUCUGUAUUCGGUAUGAUCAGUGGACCUUUGCUGGGGCUUUUCAUCCUAGGCAUGUUCUUCCGAUGUGCUAACUCCAUUGGUGGCCUGACUGGGUUAAUAGCAGGCCUGAUUAUAACACUGUGGGUUGGCAUUGGCGCUCAGGUGUACCCACCCCUACCUAAUAAGACCAACCCACUUCCUCUCAGCGUGACAGGGUGUGAUCCAAAAGACACAAACAUAACCACUGAAGUACCGACAACAGAGUCAAGCAUUGUGAGACCAGCUCUUGCAGAUACCUGGUACUCUUUAUCCUACUUGUACUUCUGUCCCGUUGCCCUGCUGAUUACAAUAAGCACAGGGCUCAUCGUCAGCACCAUCACAGGUGGCUGCAAACAAGAGAAGCUAAACCCAGAGAUGUUUGUUAGGAAGGAAGACCUCAUCUGCUUUGGCUGCAUUGGAGCACGCACUGAGAUCCCUGCUUCCGACAUUGAGAAAGUAGGACCAGAGCAUCUGUAUGGCUUAGACAAUCCUCAAUUCAUUGACAAUGAACUGAACCUGAAGGACAUUGACAAGAUGACCAAGUUGUAAAUUAUUCAUUUGUCAUUAUAUUAGCAAGAAUUUAUUCAUGAAACCAUAAAAAAUAAAGUACUGGCUACAGGUUGGAUGUAAAAACUUUGUCAUGAGACAUAGAACCACUGUAACUAAUUUUUAUUUAUUUUUUUAUUUUUUAAGAUGACUUAAUCAAAAACUAAAUUGCAAUUUAAAACUAUAAAUUUCUUUGUAAUGAUAUGUGUAUUCUCCUUUAGCAACUUUUUAUAGAUGAAAUCUCAAAGCAGCCUAUUUAUUAUUAUCUCUAGUUAUUAUUUGUAACACAGUAAUCAGAUACUGAUUUUAGGCCAUUACAUACAUUAUGUUUGUGUGAGUGUGUGUGUGUGAGAGAUUAGUCCUUCCUUGUGGUGGACAUAUCCCGGGUAUUUUCCAGCCUCAUGCUUAACACUGUAUGCAAAUUAAAGUUCCUUGAUACACCAGACCAGUUUCACAGCAGAUAAAAUAAAUAAAUAAUAUAUGAA